GUUGUCGCAGUUUUCUGUGGCUUGGAACCAACGGCCACGCAAGGAUGAUGCGCGAGAUCUUCGACACGUUCUUGACGGACCCAGUCCUCUUGUCAGAGGACGUGUACGUGCUCUGGCUCGAGGGCCAGAACGCAACGAGUGCUCUGGAUGUCCGGUUCCGGUCGUAUGGACCCUCGUCUGCGUCGUCGGAAAGCCUGUCCGAUGACCGCGACGACGAACUGCGCGAUCUCAUUUGGCGGGACACGGUCGACCAGUAUCGCCUCUUUGAGAAGCUCGAGUCGUAUUUCAUGCACCCGAAGCUUCUUCGCACGCAGCUUCUCUUCCAGAUCCCUGCAUGGCAGCAACAAGAGAUGACGGAGAAGUACUAUGGCCUCGACGGGCCCGUCGUGCGUCGCCUUGUCGGAAAGAAGCUCACGUCAAAAGCGCAAAAAGACCUUGACGAAGUCAGCGAGCAGUCGUUCCGGACGCUCAAGAACUGUCGGCGCCAAUUUGAGAACCUCCGGCGCAUUUACGCCUUGCUUGAAGAAAAGAACUUUCAGGGCUGCAUUGCACGUGCUAUCAGCGAUCACUUCCUCAUCUCAGAUCGACUCGCCGCAAAGUACGCCGGCAUCGUCUUUCUUGUCCACGGGCGUUUCGAAGUGCACAUGACACACAAGACAGUCGGGUUCCUGACAUGGUCAGACCUACAAUUUUUUGCGGCACUGCUUAUGAGCCAUUGGGUCAUGCCAUCCACGAAGCGCCACUUGGGCCCUACCAAGCUCGCAUGCAAGACACUCUCGGCGUCCAUUGCGGUCCUUGCCGAAGGCUCUGCCCUCAACUGUGUCCGGCUUCGACACCGAGUUACCCCUGACGCUUUGGUUUGUGACACCACCGACACUGACUGGCCGUCGCUGUCGCACCUUGAAACGAAAGUGACGCCAAUGAGUGCUCGUCACUGCGUUGGCGUCGACCUAAACCAACGCAUGACGAACGCGCUUCGGGACCUCAAAGCACACUUUCUCAACGACGUAGAGACGCUGACCGAGUACCGCAAUAUCGUCAUGCUCGAGCUUCAAUCCAAAUUGCAACCAGAGCAACUAGACCAUCUUGGCCUGAAGAUGCUACCGAUAGCACGCGGGCUGCUCACGAUUGGCGCUGGGCUCUCACAGCCAAAAGAACUCAAGGAUCUCAUCGAAGACGUCGUGGACGCCGCUGGACACGUGUUUAAGGAUUCGAAACUGCGUCUGACCGAUAUCGAUUUGGUCUUCUCUGCGCUCAUCGAUUCAUUGAGUGCAAUCGACGUAUGGUACCUAAACGCAGACGAGACGCGUUUGCUCUUGCUUGCGAGCUGGGAAUUAUUUCUCAGUGUUGUUCGUGGCGUGCUCGUCACCAUUUAUGACAGACUCUAAUAAUUGUAAUAUUGCAUCGGUGGGUG